GUUUUCAGAAGGAGACGAGGAGAGAGGACGCGAGGUGGGACUCAUUGAGAUCAUCCCAUAGGAAGCUAGAAUGAGAGGUAGUUAUCCAGACACAACUGCAAAUUAAAAAUAAUCUCACUGAUUGAGAGAGUGGAGAACUACCACGAGUAAGCAUGGCUAAUAUCACGAAGAAAGUGUCGUGGUCGAGCCGAGGUGACGAGUCCGGUGGCGGCGAGAGAACCCCACUUCUCAACGGUUCCGAAGAAGUCCGAUACACCAGACAGUUGUCCGGGGACGGUGGUAUGUUUCACAUAGGCAGACUGAGCACGGUGGAUCUGGAGGAGGAUAUGACGUCAGACGAGGACGCAGGCUGUCCCAAGGAGAUCCCUCACAACGAGAAGCUGCUGUCACUCAAAUAUGAGAGUCUGGACUAUGACAACAGUGAGAAUCAGCUGUUUCUGGAGGAGGAAAGACGGAUGAGCUUCUUAGGGUUCAAGUGUUUGGAGAUCAGUCGGUGGGUCAUCUGUGGUCUGAUUGGCUUCCUGACUGGACUCAUAGCCUGUUGCAUAGAUAUCGCCGUGGAAAACCUGGCUGGAGUCAAGUACUUCGUUGUCAAACAGAACAUCGAGAAGUUUACGGAGGUGGGCGGUCUCUCCAUCUCUCUCAUCCUCUGGGCUGUGCUUAACGCUGCCUUCGUCAUGGUGGGCGCUGUUAUAGUGGCGUUCUUCGAGCCAGGAGCAGCAGGAAGUGGUAUACCCCAGAUAAAGUGUUAUCUGAACGGAGUAAAGAUACCCCGGGUGGUAAGACUCAAGACCCUGGUGGUGAAGGUGUGUGGUGUGAUCUGCUCUGUCGCCGGAGGACUCGCUGUCGGAAAGGAAGGUCCCAUGAUCCACUCUGGUGCGGUGGUGGCAGCAGGAGUCUCCCAGGGACGCAGUACCUCCCUGAAGAAAGACUUCAAGAUCUUUGAGUAUUUCCGUAGAGACACAGAGAAGAGGGACUUUGUAUCAGCUGGAGCGGCUGCAGGAGUGUCUGCUGCUUUUGGAGCACCAGUUGGUGGUGUUUUGUUCAGUUUGGAGGAGGGGGCUUCUUUCUGGAACCAGAUGCUCACAUGGAGGAUAUUCUUUGCGUCCAUGAUCUCAACAUUCACUCUGAAUUUCUUCCUGUCCAUCUACAAUAAGAAACCUGGAGAUCUCUCCAGCCCUGGUCUUAUCAACUUCGGACGCUUCGAGAGUGAUAGUGUGGCCUACAACCUCUAUGAGAUUCCCUUGUUCAUUGUAAUGGGAGCUGCAGGUGGAUUGCUGGGAGCCCUGUUCAAUAUCCUCAACUACUGGCUGACUAUAUUCAGGAUCAGGUACGUCCACCGGCCCUGUCUCCAGGUGAUGGAGGCCAUGCUAGUUGCCGCGGUAACGGCGACGGUGUCGUUCGCCAUGAUCUAUUUCUCUAAUGACUGUCAGCCUCUCGGACCUGACCAGUCAGAGGACUACCCUCUACAGUUGUUCUGUGCGGAUGGAGAGUAUAACUCCAUGGCAACGGCCUUCUUCAACACACCUGAGAGGAGCGUCCGCAGUCUCUUCCACAACCCACCAGGUUCCUACAACCCUCUGACUCUAAGUCUGUUUACUUUGACCUAUUUCUUCCUGGCCUGUUGGACCUAUGGCCUGACUGUUUCAGCUGGAGUCUUCAUCCCGUCUCUGCUCAUAGGAGCUGCCUGGGGAAGACUGUUUGGAAUACUGCUGGCUUCUAUCACGCCUGACGGAUCGAUUUGGGCCGAUCCAGGGAAGUAUGCUUUAAUAGGAGCUGCAGCACAACUGGGGGGCAUAGUGAGGAUGACUCUCAGUUUAACAGUCAUCAUGGUGGAAGCAACAGGAAAUGUGACGUACGGUCUCCCCAUCAUGUUGGUGCUGUUGACGGCCAAGAUAGUAGGAGACUACUUUGUGGAGGGUCUGUAUGACAUCCACAUCAAGCUGCAGAGUGUUCCCUUCCUGCACUUGGAGGCCCCUGCCACCUCCCACUGGCUAACAGCCAGGGAGGUGAUGAGUGCCCCAGUCACCUGUUUUAACCGUAUAGAAAAGGUUGGCACCAUCGUGGACGUCCUUAGCAACACCUCCACCAAUCACAACGGCUUCCCUGUCGUCGUGCCGGUCGCCGCUAGCGACGAUAUGGGGAAGGUCUGUGGACUCAUCCUUCGUUCUCAGCUCAUUGUUCUGCUCAAACACAAGGUGUUUGUAGAGCUGGCUCGAUCCAGGUUGACCCAGAGGAAGCUACAGCUGAAGGACUUUAGGGAUGCCUACCCUCGCUUCCCCCCCAUCCAGAGUAUCCACGUAUCACAGGAUGAGAGGGAGUGCAUGAUGGACCUUACAGAGUUCAUGAACCCUACACCCUACACCGUACCACAGGAGACGUCUCUUCCUCGUGUGUUUAAGUUGUUCAGAGCUCUGGGUCUCAGACACCUGGUGGUAGUGGACGGCGAGAACAGGGUUGUAGGUCUGGUGACUAGGAAGGACUUGGCUCGUUACCACCUGGGGAAGCACGGACUGGAGGAGAUGCAACUGGCUCAGACAUGAUACACAUACUACUACUAUUAUUAUUAUUACUACUACACACACACUAUUACACACACACACACACACACACACACACACACACACACACACACACACACACACACACUAUUACACGCAUACACACACACACGACCGAGAGACUACAGUGGUCACCUGUUGCCUAGUUACCUGUGAGACCCCCCAUCUAUGCAUUCUGAUGCUCCCAUUGGUUAGAGGUCAGAGGUCCUUGUCAAUCACCGAUGCCAAAACAGUCUGUCUGACUUUCACCAUAACAUCUACAGCUCUACAGCGUCUCUCUCUCUGCCUGCUCAACAAGGCUAUAAUGCAUCAUAUCGCAGUCAUAAGACUUGUAAGAUGAGCUAAUGUCUGUGGUUUUAUAAUGAUCCUGACUUGUUGCUGACAGCCGUUUUGAGUUUGUUGAUUAGUGGCCUUAUCGAAAGCCAUUAUGACGUCAUGAGUUUACAAAGGGCUCCUAUAGAUGCGCUAUAAUGCAUUAUACCUGUUGGUGCUCACGUUCUGAAGACUCCCUGACACAACACGUUAAGCCUGUCGAUAAAUCUGUUUUGCACUGUGUGAAAGAAGGAGAAGAAGGAAGCUUUUAUUUAUUCUAGACCUGUUUUAAAGUAGUCUGUAGACCACUGGGAGAUGCUGCUGAGCUACAGACUACAAACCUUUGUUUUCUGUUGUAGACUUCAUUCAGUAGAAAAUGACAUGAGGUCAGAAUUGCAGGUAUAUUUUGUACUUUGUGGAUGUUUCACAACGUGGAAUUAGAAUGAAUGUAUUGAAAUGAAUAGAAUGAAUUGUUAUUCAUUGAUCCCUCCUGCUAACAGUUGGCCUGCAGUGAUUGUCUGCGUUCGCUAAGUGGGGCUGUUGAGAUCUGUAGCUUUCGUAGCAGGACCACAGUGGUUGUGGGAUUGAAAUGAAGGUUAUUUUGACAGUCUAUACAACAUGGCCAGGGGUUUCUCCUGACAUAACCAGGGAGACCUCUGGCCUCGGGUUGGGCGGUAUCCACACUUUCAUACUGUUUCUGUACCAUACUGGGGCGUACGGUACUACCAGGGGUGCACAUAAAGGAAACUAUUUCAAAUUCCUAUUAUUUUAAACAUUUUACGGUAUGGAAAAUCAUGCCGGGGGUAUUCUGAAAUACGGCGGUAUACGGUAUAUCAGCCAAGCCUACUCUGGACCCUCAUUAUAUACUACUUCCUGUAUAGUGAUGUUACGGUACCGACCCAGAACUCUGCUUGUGUUCUAGAUGGAACCCUAUAUAGUUCACUAUAUCUCUCUGUCUCUGUCUGUCUCUCUCUCCCUCUGUCUGUCUGUCUCGCUCUCUGUGUCUCUGUCUGUCUCACUCCCUCUCUGUCUGUCUCUGUGUCUCUCGCUGUGUCUUUUGCUCUCUGUGUCUGUGUCUCUCGUAGGGUACCAUUUGGGACACAGAAUAUUUAUUAUUUUCUCUAGACGUUUUGCACUCUGACCUCCUACUAUAGAAACAUGUACAUUUACAUGAUGAAUGUAAAAACCGACGCUGUGUUUCCCUGAUGUGAAAACAUAUGUCCAUCUGAAUGACAACAUACAGACAGGGUGGGCUCUGGUCAAAAGUAGUGCAUUAUAUUGGCAAUAGGGUGCCAUUUGGGAUACAGAUGGUCUGUUUGAAUUUCAGUUGGUGUGUCAGUCAUUGCUAGCCAGGAUGCCAGAUAUGUUUGUUGUGACUGUCUGCAGAAGCUGGCUAGUGCAGAGACGGGCCUGGCAACCCGGCUGAAUUAUUUUAAACAGGGAUGACUAAUCGUCUCUACAAAAGGUCUGCUGUAUUGCCUGGUUACCCAAACUCCCCGACGAUUUCUAGAAUGGAAAUCCAUACUAGACCGUCUGAUUGGUCCAACCCAUCGGUUUCUGGGACCAGAGCCAGAACACAUGUGGCUAUAGCUUCGUUUUGAUACUCUGAUUGGUUAGAGAUGAUCCAAUCGCUGAUGACUUUGUUUUGUACAACAGCCCUCAUUUUGACAUCACCACAAACUACUUCAACGAUGGUAGUCUCAGACUGAAGUAUGUAGGGAACAUAAAGCAGUGGAAGAAUUCAGUUUGAGUCGUCAGGCGACCUGCUGUUAGUGUAGGCUUUUGUUCCAGCCAAGCGCUAACAGAACCUGAUUCAACUAAUCAAUCUAAAAUAAAUAAAUAAUAAUUGAUAACAUUUCUAUAAUAAAGACCAUGAUUAGUUGAAUGAGUUGUUACUGUUGAGUAGGAACAGAAACCUGCAGCUGUAGGGUUAGAUUGGACCCCCUGGUUUAUUCUUUGUGAUGUUGGUCAUUCAGAUUUACAAUUGACUCCAAACCCUCAGAUUUGGAAUCAGCAAAUCAACUCGUUUUUCGAGACAUUUUUGACAUGAUUUAAAAUCAGUUGUUUUUCUUUUAAUCCUCUGUUGUUUUGACACUUUGCCUCGGUCACUGGAUGAUUUAGGCUGCAUCUGAAAUGGCACCCUAUUCCCUAUGUAGGGCUCUGAUCAGAAGUAGUGCACUAUGUUGGGAAUAGGGUGCCAUUUGGGAUGUAGAUUUACUGUCUCUUGCUUGUUUUGUUUGUUUUUGUACAGUUCUAGAUGCUCAGUAAAGAUGAUGUCCUGUUUUGUAACUAUUUUAAAAGGCUGUUUUGUGAACUAAUAAAGUCAUGUAUUACUA